GAAGGUCGUCAUGGUCACGUUCACGAACGAGCAUCCGUUCAACCUGCGCAAGCGGGGCCCCGAGCCGUGCUGCGAUGAGUGCGCGAAGUUCAAGCCGAAUGCGCUCACGUCGGCCACCAACACGGUGCUCUUGGCUGGGACGUACCAGUGUACGUUCUGCCGCGACUGGACGUACUACAAACUCCACCGCAAGCACAAGCGCACCCGCGCCGACGCCCGCCUUGACGCGCUCUCGGUUUGAGCUUUUUGUUUUUGGAUAUUUGCAGAAUAGUGGAGC